GUAAGAUGGCCGCGCCCUGUUUUUCCGUGUGAGGCAGGCGGCUGCGGCAGCAGGGACAGGGAUUCUGGUGUCGUGGGCACCUGAGCUCUAGCUCCCCCCAGCGAGCGCGCGUCCCUUGGUGCCUAGGCGAGAGCCGGCUCUUUUUCCUCCAGGAGAUGCGUUUGUCCCGGGCUCGGGGGCGCUCUGAGAGUUCAUGCUGCGCUGGAGGUGCCUGGCCACCGCUCUAAUCGCCUUGCGCCGCCGCAGCGCCAGCUCCGUCGCGGGCGGUGAGCCUCCCGGAUCCCCUUUCUGCCCCUGGCGGCGAUGACCGGGGAGAAGAUCCGCUCACUGCGGAGAGGCCACAAGCCCAGCAAAGAAGAGGGGGACCUUCUGGAGCCCGGGGAUGAGGAAGCGGCGGCUACCCUCGGCGGCACCUUUACGGGAGGCAGGAUUGGGACAGGCGGCAGCGGCAAGGGCGGCAAAGCCUGUCAUAAGAUCUUCAGUAACCAUCACCACCGGCUGCAGCUGAAGACAGCUCCGGCCUCCUCCAAUCCCUCUGGCGUCCCGGCCCUGCCGCGGCACAGUUCCUCCGUGACUACCACCUCCCAGUCCUCGGCUCUUCUAGCGGGCACCAACCCCAUUGCUGUCGUCGCAGAUGGAGGCAAUUGCCCCGCACACUACCCAGUACACGAGUGCGUCUUCAAGGGGGAUGUGAGGAGACUGUCUUCUCUCAUCCGCACGCACAAUAUCGGACAGAAAGAUAAUCACGGAAACACUCCUUUACAUCUUGCUGUGAUGUUAGGAAAUAAAGAAUGUGCCCAUUUACUUUUGGCUCACAAUGCUCCAGUAAAGGUGAAAAAUGCUCAGGGAUGGAGCCCGCUGGCGGAAGCCAUCAGCUAUGGAGAUAGACAGAUGAUUACGGCUCUUUUAAGGAAGCUUAAGCAGCAAUCCAGGGAAAGUGUUGAAGAAAAACGACCUCGAUUAUUAAAAGCCCUAAAAGAGCUAGGUGACUUUUAUCUGGAACUUCACUGGGAUUUUCAAAGCUGGGUGCCUUUACUUUCCCGAAUUCUGCCUUCUGAUGCAUGUAAAAUAUACAAACAAGGUAUCAAUAUCAGGCUUGACACUACUCUCAUAGACUUUACUGACAUGAAGUGCCAACGAGGGGAUUUAAGCUUCAUUUUCAAUGGGGAUGCGGCACCCUCUGAAUCUUUUGUAGUAUUAGACAAUGAACAGAAAGUUUAUCAGCGAAUACACCAUGAGGAAUCAGAGAUGGAAACAGAAGAAGAGGUUGACAUUUUAAUGAGUAGUGACAUUUACUCUGCAACUUUAUCAACCAAAUCAAUUUCUUUCACGCGUGCCCAAACAGGAUGGCUCUUUCGGGAAGAUAAAACAGAAAGAGUAGGAAACUUUUUGGCAGACUUUUAUCUGGUGAAUGGACUUGUUUUAGAAUCAAGAAAAAGAAGAGAACAUCUUAGUGAAGAAGAUAUUCUUCGAAAUAAGGCCAUUAUGGAGAGUUUGAGUAAAGGUGGAAACAUAAUGGAACAGAAUUUUGAGCCGGUUCGAAGGCAGUCCCUAACCCCUCCUCCUCAGAACACCAUUACAUGGGAAGAAUAUAUAUCUGCUGAAAAUGGAAAAGCUCCUCAUCUGGGAAGAGAACUGGUGUGCAAAGAGAGCAAGAAAACAUUUAAAGCCACAAUAGCCAUGAGCCAGGAAUUUCCCUUGGGAAUAGAGUUUCUAGAUAUUCCCGUGUUUCCUACGAUCACAGCCACUGUGACUUUUCAGGAGUUUCGAUAUGAUGAAUUUGAUGGCUCCAUCUUUACUAUACCUGAUGACUAUAAGGAAGACCCGAGCCGUUUUCCUGAUCUUUAACUGACAUGGAAAAUGAUCUCAUCUAACCAAGGAAAGCAAGAGAAUACAGAGACCCCAGUAGUGAAUCCAAAUAGAAGGGACAAAUGUUCUGAGAAGAAAAGGGAAUUACAUUGAAUCGACACAUCAGUAAUAUGAUAUAAUGAAAUGGGCCUUUAAAAAGAAUUUCAGCAAGUUUCCUGAUGUGCCAUUUUCAGUCUUUUUAAAAAUAUACAUAUUAUAAGUGUAAUAGUUUGACACCUUAAUGACCCUGAGUACUUCUUAGGUAAAACAGCUAUAAGUGCUGUGAUUUGUUUUUAAAAAUUUUUACACUUCUUGUUGAAAUAUAUAUGCAUAUAAAUAUAUCUAUAUCUAUAUCUAAAACACUCCUGGACCAUUAACAUAAAUUAAAUGUCUUAAGAGAUAUGAAGCCCUUUUAAACUUGUCAUCUUAUAUUCAAGGUGACAUUUAUAAAUAUUCCUUCAAGCUUUGUUUUCAUAAAAUGUAAACUAUGUAACAUUAUGUAUAGUUCAGUAAUUUGAAUGUUUGUUCAAUAUAAUGAACUAGAAGGAAUGCAGUUUUCUGUAGAUGAAUGAACCAAAUGGUAACCAUUAAACAAUUGCAUUUAUAUGUUGCAAUACAUUUCAGAAGGAGCGUUCACUCUGCAGGGAAUAAGGUACCUCCUUUAGCACCUUAGUGCAAUUCAUUGUGGUGCUAUUUGUUUUUACCUGAAUUCUUUCUUCAAUGGAAAAUGUUUGUUACUAAUCUUCCUUUCAUAGAACCUCUAUUUUUUUUUUUUUCUAAACUUGAGUUUAAAAGUCCUUUUUGUGUUCAUGAUAAGGUAUGGUUAGCAUGCUUAAAGAUAUUCCUCUUCCAAAUCUCAGCACUUUAAAAAAACUCCAAAUUUUUAAACUUGCUUCCUAGUAAGUGCACAUCAUUCUGAUUAUUUUGUUUUUAAUGGAAUAUGGAUGCAUUCAUGUCAGUUUUAAAAAAACAACCCACAUAUUUUGGACAUCCCUACAUAUUUAAUGCUUCAAAGUAAGGUAAAAACAUUUUAUAUGCUAACAGAAUAUAUUUGUUACAAGCUAAAUUCCAGAAAUGUACACAGGGUUGACAGUUCCUACUGUUUAUUUUUUUAAGUCACAAGAAAAUAUUUAUUGAUUUUAAUCUCCAAAGUGAAAUCAUGCAUUACUCAUUUUUGCAUUUGAAGUUUUUCAUAUUUAUUCCAAGAUGGUUUGAAGGUCCAAGACUGAAAAUAAAUUAGGGAGAAUAAUGUGUAACAGUCACAAAAUGUUAUGUUGUAUUAAAGAGCUUAGCUAAAGAACUGUUUUUUUUAAAUGUAUCCUGAUAAAUGUGUCAAAAUGCAUCUGUCAAAUUUUGUAGAGUGACCAAUAGUUUAAACUUUUUCCAGAAUUUUAAAUAAUUUGAAUUUAGAGACUUUUAUUGAAGAGAUGAUUUAUUUAAAAAUCCAAAGCAUCAACCAUAAGAAAAUUUUAUAAUAAACAUCUUUAAAGCUGCAUCUUCCAUGCUGAAACAUACUACAUUGCAUAUGUUGGCAUUUUAUUAAAUACAUUUUAUAAUGAAGUAAUCAUAGUUAAAAAUUCAAAGACCAAUUACUACCGUAUGUGGGUCUGUUGAAUUUUGUGGAAGAGUUGGUAAACCCAGAUUAGGUUUAUUGAAUAGAAGUUGAUCCCUAUUAUUUUGGGAAUGCUUGUUGAUCACGUGACUUGGAGAUUGAAUUAUCCUGUCGCUGAUUAUUUGAGGUGUGAGACGCUGAACGGUGGUGAUCACUGUUGCUCGUAGGCUCCCUUACUUUUGUGGGAAUAUGGUAUACUUCCCAGGAGUAUUUUUUCACACGUACAGACAACUUCGUGGAGAAGAAACAUGGUAAAUUGCAGCUUGAGAUUUGUCAGUUUCCUAAAAGCUGUGAAUAUUUUGCUGGGGUACACUGGAGGUAGGAAGACUACUGAAAACUUUUGCACUUGGGAUUGUUUUUAACUCUUAUCUUUUUCUUUCGUAAAGAAUAGUAGAUUAUCCAUUCCAAAAUGUCUUUUAUCUGAUCACAAAGGACAAGCAAAUGUAUCUCUUAUGAUGGUGAAAACAAGGAGUUAAUUAAUGCAAAUAAACUUUUCACAAUAUUAGACUUU